AUGUAUCGGACCAUCAGCACUGGUGCCCCCCAAGGCUGCAUCCUGGCCCUACUAUUCUUCUCGCUCUACACCAAUGGCUGCAUCUCCAGACACCAAUCUGUCAAGCUCCUGAAGUUUGUGGAUGACACCAUCAUCGUGCUCCGCCACUGUUUACGUGGCGUUCAGCGUGGCGGUGGCUACUUUCAGCUGCCAGCUAUUAUCCUGAAACACAGCGUCUCCACACACUGUGACCUAACCCCAAUCAACCGUGUCAUUACUGGCCUGUCUCUGGUCAUUAAGGAGUCUCUACAUCUGCCCAUAGCUUCGCAACCUUUUCCCUUCGUGCCCUCCAUCAGGGAGGUGACGGGCUAUGUGUUGGUGGCCCUCAACCAGUUUGACUACCUGCCGCUGGAGAACCUGCGGAUCAUCCGAGGAACCAAACUGUACGAGGGACGCUACGCCUUGGCCAUCUUCCUCAACUACCGGCGGGAUGGCUACUACGGCCUGAGGCAGCUCGGCCUUCGCAACCUCACAGAGAUUCUGAAUGGAGGUGUUUAUGUGGACCAGAACAAGUUCCUCUGCCAUGCGGACACGAUUCACUGGCGUGAUAUUAUCAAGAACUCUCAAGCGGAGCUCCUGGUGGUACCAUCCAACAAAAGCAACCUUGGCUGCAGGCACUGUCACCGCUCAUGCAAUGGACGCUGCUGGGACAACCAGGAGGACCAGUGUCAAACUUUGACAAAGACAGUGUGUGCAGAGCAGUGUGACGGUCGAUGCUUCGGGCCCUACGUCAGCGACUGCUGCCACCGCGAGUGUGCUGGAGGCUGCUCUGGACCCAAGGACACAGACUGCUUUGCUUGCACCAAUUUCAACGACAGUGGGGCGUGUGUGACCCAGUGCCCCCAGCCCUUCGUCUACAACCCCACCUCAUUUCAGCUGGAGCACAACCCCAGAGCCAAGUACACCUACGGGGCCUUCUGCGUCAAGAAAUGUCCAUAUAACUUUGUGGUGGACCACAGCUCCUGUGUGAGAGCCUGUCCCAGCAACAAGAUGGAAGUGGAGGAGAACCGCAUCAAGAUGUGCAUGCCCUGCACUGACAUCUGCCCCAAAGUGUGUGACGGCAUAGGAACGGGCAGCCUGCAGACAGCUCAAACUGUGGACGCCAGCAACAUCGACAAGUUUGUCAACUGCACAAAGAUCAACGGCAACCUCAUCUUCCUCAUCACCGGCAUCAAGGGGGACAUGUACCAUGGUAUUGGUGCUUUAGACCCUGAGCGUCUGAAUGUGUUUCGCACCGUAAAAGAGAUCACAGGUUACCUGAACAUCCAGUCCUGGCCUGAGAACAUGACAGACCUCGGGGUUUUCUCCAACCUGGCCACCAUUGGAGGCAGGUCUCUUUACAGUGGAAGUGGUAUCUCUCUGCUGAUCCUGAAGCAGCGUUGGAUCUCCUCGCUGCAAUUCCAGUCGCUGGACGAGAUCAGCGCCGGCAACGUUUACAUCUUCAACAAUAGCCGCCUAUGUUUCUACAACACUAUCAACUGGACCUCGCUCUUCAGGACCCCGACCCAGAAAGUCCUCAUUCGCAACAACCGUGACCCCAAGGAAUGCACUGAGCAGAAGAUGGUGUGUGACCGGAUGUGUUCGGACGCGGGAUGCUGGGGCCCGGGGCCUGAUCAGUGUCUAUCCUGCCGCUAUUUCAGCCGGGGCCGCACCUGCGUCGAGUCCUGCAACCUGUUUGACGGAGAGGUGCGCGAGUUUGCCAAUGGAUCUGUGUGUGUUGAGUGUGACAGCCAGUGUGAGAAGAUGGAUGGAAACAUCAUGACUUGUCUUGGCCAGGGUCCAGAUCAGUGUGUAAAGUGUCUCCAUUUUAAAGACGGGCCCAACUGUGUGGAAAAAUGCCCCGACGGUGUGCAGGGGGCAAACAGUUUCAUCUUCAAGUACGCCAAGGCCAACAAUGAGUGCCACCCCUGCCACGCCAACUGCACCCAGGGGUGUGUCGGGCCCAGGCUGCAAGAUUGUGUUGGCAUGAUGGACAGGACGCCGCUGAUAGCGGCCGGAAUCAUUGGUGGCCUCUUUGUCGUCGUCAUCGUGGCGCUCAGCGUUGCCGUUUACAUCCGACGCAAGAGUAUCAAGAAGAAGAGGGCGCUGCGCCGCUUCCUGGAGACAGAGUUGGUGGAGCCCCUAACUCCAAGUGGAACGGCCCCUAACCAGGCCCAGCUUCGCAUCCUGAAAGAGACGGAGCUGAAGAGGGUCAAAAUCCUUGGCUCUGGAGCAUUUGGGACAGUCUACAAGGGCAUUUGGGUCCCAGAGGGAGAGACGGUGAAAAUCCCAGUGGCCAUAAAAAUCCUCAACGAGACCACCGGACCCAAAGCCAAUGUGGAGUUCAUGGACGAGGCGCUGAUCAUGGCCAGCAUGGAGCACCCCCACCUGGUGCGUCUCCUUGGCGUGUCCCUGAGCCCCACCAUCCAGCUGGUCACACAGCUCAUGCCCCACGGCUGCCUGCUGGACUACGUGCACGAGCACAAAGACAACAUCGGCUCGCAGCUGCUGCUGAACUGGUGUGUUCAGAUCGCUAAGGGGAUGAUGUACCUGGAGGAGAGGAGGCUGGUCCACAGGGACUUGGCAGCGAGGAACGUUCUGGUCAAGUCGCCGAACCACAUCAAAAUCACCGACUUCGGCCUGGCACGCCUCCUGGAUGCCGACGAGAAGGAGUACAACGCAGAUGGGGGCAAGGUUGGUAUGCCCAUCAAGUGGAUGGCGCUGGAGUGUAUCCACUACCGCAAGUUCACCCAUCAGAGCGACGUGUGGAGCUACGGAGUGACCAUUUGGGAGCUGAUGACGUUUGGAGGGAAGCCCUACGACGGGAUUCCCACGCGGGAGAUCCCCGAUAUCCUGGAGAAAGGGGAGCGCCUGCCGCAGCCGCCCAUCUGCACCAUAGAUGUCUACAUGGUCAUGGUCAAAUGUUGGAUGAUUGAUGCCGACAGCCGGCCCAAGUUCAAGGAGCUGGCUGCCGAGUUCUGCAGGAUGGCCCGUGACCCCCAGCGCUACCUGGUCAUCCAGGGAGACGACCGUAUGAAGCUCCCCAGCCCAAACGACAGUAAGUUCUUCCAGAGUCUUCUGGAUGAGGAGGAUCUGGAGGACUUCAUGGAUGCUGAGGAGUACCUCGUCCCUCGUGCCUUCAACAUGCCACCACCCUCCUACACCGCCAGGCCCCGCAUCGACUCCAACAGAAACCAGUUUGGCUAUCGGGACGGGGGUCCGGUCACGGAUGACAGCUCCAUCGCGGUGGCCCCAGCCUGUGCGGCUCCGGAGGCGGCGGGAUCUAGCCAGGAUGUCGGCCCGGUGGACCAGCGAUGCAACGGCUCGCUGCAUAAGAAGACCCUCAGCCGGGCCGGCGGCGAGGACAGCGGGGGCCAGAGGUACAGCGCGGACCCAACCGUGUUCCUGGGGGACAGGAGCCCACGAGGGGACACGGACGAGGAUGGAUACAUGACCCCCAUGAAGGACAAGAGCUCCUCGGAAUACCUGAACCCCAUCGAGGAGAAUCCGUUUGUCUCUCGACGUAGGAACGGGGAGAUCCAUGCUUUGGACAACCCAGGGUACCAUGGCACACCCAACAUCCAGCCCAAAGGCGAGGACGAGUACAUCAACGAGCCGCUGUACCUCAACACCUUCCACAGUGCCGCCGAGCUCGGCCUGGAGGUGCUGAGGAGGAACGGUCUGCCCCUCCCCUCCCACACCUCCUCAUCUGUUUCAGCCACGGUCCCCGGCUCCCACCACCCCCUCACCGUUCAGACCAGCCUGCCCCACUUCUCCCUCCCAUCUGCCCAGCCAUCGCCGUCCAGCGUGUCCUGCCUCCAUGGACCACCUGCUCACAUCCUCCACACCCACCACACUGUCAAACCUGCCAGCAGCCAAUCCUCGGCCAGCCAGAGCCAGACGGCAUCGACUGUGGAGUGCCAGCCGGGCACCCUGUCCACGUCGGCCCCUAGCAUGCACGGCAGCUUGCCGGCGUACCAGAGCCAUGCCGCCUCCGCCACCGCUGCCGCCAUGCACCCUGCCAGCAUGCUGAAGCAGGGAGGACAGUCGUCAGGUAAGGCAGCAGGGAAAAAGCUGAAGGUGACCUUUGACAAUCCGGAGUACUGGCAGCACAGCCUGCCGCCAAAAUCCUCCAACCAGGCGACUGCGGUCGGAGCUCACGGAGGCUCCACCAAUGCCAAACUCUUCUACAAACAGAAUGGCCACAUUCGGCCUGCAGUAGCUGAAAACCCAGAGUACAUGUCCGAGUUUUCCCUGAAGUCUGGUGCUGUGCUGCCCCCUCCCCCAUACCGGCAGAGGAACACCGUGGUCUAG